UAUACAAGUUCUACUAAUAGGGGACACUACCAUAUCUAAACAUGGUAACUUGUGAGUCUGUUAUUUACUGCACAACAAUUUAAGUGUACAGUACGUAACUGUAGUACUAAUAUUAAUAAACGUUCAUGGUUAAUUAUGAAUAUGAUACCUGUUGUGCAACGAACUGAUAGUCGGUUGAUUAGCGUACAGCACGUGUUUUUACGGCUAUUUUGUUCGCGUUCUGAUCCUAAGAAAUACUCGAAAACAGUUUUCCUCCCUAAAACCGGCUUUCCAUUACGAGUUAAUGGUAAAAAAAAGGUUGAAAAUGAACUGGAAAUUCAGAAGAAAGCAAAAUUUCUUGGUCUAUAUGACUGGCAACGGGAAAAUAAUAAAGGAGAAAACUACGUACUACAUGAUGGCCCUCCAUAUGCAAAUGGUAAAGUUCAUCUUGGUCAUGCUGUUAAUAAAGUUUUGAAGGAUAUAACGGUGAGAUACAAAGUCUUGAAGGGAUUCCGAGUUCACUAUGCACCUGGUUGGGAUUGUCAUGGUCUGCCUAUAGAAUUAAAAGCUUUAAAGUCUACUCACAACACGUCUCAAAAACAUUCAUCUUUAGAUAUUAGGAAGACAGCUCGUGAAUAUGCAAGACAUGCACUAGAAACUCAGAGACAUUCAUUUAAACGGUGGGGAUUGCUGGCAGAUUGGAAUAAUUUUUAUACGACAUACAGUCCAACAUAUGUAGCAAACCAGUUACAGUUCUUUUAUAGUCUUUAUGAAAAGGGACUUGUGUUUCAAGACUACAAACCUGUCUUCUGGUCUCCUAGUAAUCGCACAGCUUUAGCAGAAGCUGAGCUUGAGUACAAUCAAGAACAUGUGAGUCCUUCUGUAUACGUGAAAUUUGAGCUGAUAACGAUCCCUGAAUCAAUCAAGUUCUGGGUGGAUAUUCAUACACCGGUUUAUGCCCUUAUAUGGACAACAACACCGUGGACUUUACCAGCUAAUAAGGCAAUCUGUUACUCUAGUUAUCAGCAGUAUUGUAUUGUAAAGUCUCAAAAAACAGGUGAUCACUAUCUCAUUGCUGAAAAUGUAAUACCUGAUCUAGAAAAAAGAAUAGAAACAAAAUUAGAUGUAGUAAAAACAUUUGAAGGGUCAAGCUUGCAGGGAGCAUCUUACUGUCAUCCUUUGUAUAAAAGCAUUGAAUUUCCAUUGGUUGAAGGACAGCAUGUUACUAUGUCCAAAGGUACAGGAUUGGUUCACACAGCUCCCAAUCAUGGGCUAGAAGAUUAUCUCAUUGCUCAGGAGCAUAAGUUGCCUAUUGGUGAGUGCUUCGUUGAUGAGCAGGGAUGUUUCAAUGAAAAGGCAAUUAGUGAAAUAAUUGGAAAAGAUGUUUUGGGAGAAGGAAAUGAAGCAGUUCUCAGCUUGAUUCAGAAUCAUAUUGUGCAUCAAGGAACACUUGUACAUAGUUAUCCAUAUGAUUGGCGAAGUAAGCGUCCUGUGGUCAUACGAGCAAGUCAGCAAUGGUUUAUAGACUUAGAGAAAUUACGUCAUGAAGCCAAAAAGUGCUUAGAAGAAGUCCAGGUCUUUCCUCUAUCAAUGAAACACAUGUUAGAAGCUCAAUUAGAAAAAAGGCCACACUGGUGCAUUUCAAGACAGAGAGCAUGGGGUGUGCCAAUUCCAGUAUUUUUUGCUGGACCUGAAAAGAGAACCGUGAUUUCAAGACCCAUUGUUGAUCAUUUGUCGCACUUGGUGUUAACUUAUGGAACUGACAUCUGGUGGUCAUUAUCUCAACAUGAACUCCUUCCCAGAGAGGUCCUUCAGAAAAGUGGCUUGCUAGAAACUGAAGAGUACCAGAAAGGAGAAGAUAUAAUGGAUAUCUGGCUGGACAGUGGAAUCAGUUGGAUGAAUGUUCUUCCUGACCCAAAAAUAGCUGACCUUUAUCUAGAGGGAACAGAUCAAAUUCGUGGUUGGUUCCAGUCAUCUUUGUUAACUAGUGUUGCCCUUAGAGGAAAAUCACCUUACAAGAAUAUCUUUGUUCAUGGUUUCAUUCUGGAUCAAAAUGGGCUCAAAAUGUCUAAAUCUGUUGGAAAUGUCAUUGAUCCUGAAGUUCUAACUGAUGGUGGUAAGGAUAUCAAACAUGACCCUCCAUAUGGUGCAGAUGUUCUGAGAUGGUGGGUUGCUUCUCAUGCUUGUCAUUAUGACAAUGUUCAUGCUGCUUCACAUGUUAUUAAAGAAAGUGCAGAAAAUGUACAGAAAGUUCGAAACACACUGCGAUUCCUUCUGGGGUCACUGCAUGGGUUUAUCUACAGUCUGCAUAAAUGUGAGUUAAAAGACAUGGAACUGUUGGACCUUCACAUGCUUCAUCUUAUUCAUCAGCUUAAUCAAACAGUUACAGAGAGCUAUGAUCAGAUACAGUAUAACCACGUAAUAUUUCAACUUAUUCGCUUUGUGACUGCUGAUGUAUCAUCAUAUUAUUGUCAUUUAAUAAAGCACAGAUUGUACUGUCAUGAAAAAAAUUCUGUGACAAGAAGAGCCUGUCAAACAACACUCUUUCACCUUCUGGAUACUGUCUGUCGUCUGUUUGCGCCAGUGCUGCCUCAUCUUGUUGAAGAAGUAUUUCUCCAUCACCCUGAUUCUGAGCUUGCACAAAAAGGAAUUUUUAGGACAGGUUGGGUGAAGUGUUCAGAAGAAUGGUAUAAUCCUGAAGUGAAUAAAACCAUGGAGCUUGCAACAUCUGUUAGAAAUGUUGUAAACAAAGCUGCAGUCAACUUAAAUCCAAGGGAGUUAGAUGUUCUUAUUCACACAUCAGGCUCCUUGCUGACAGAACUUAAGAAACUCCAGUCCGAGAUUAAGACGAGUGAAUCUAGUUUAUGCGAGUUUCUCCAGGUGUCUCACGUCUUGCUGACUGAUCAACCACCCAGCCUUCUUCCUGAAGACUCCAGUGUUCAACAUGGAAGUGUGAAAUUUUACAGCACAGGAGGAAGAAUGGAAGAAGUGAACUUUACAGUGGUGUUAUUUCCAGCUGAAAAAGCAUUAUGUGGUAGGUGUCGGCGUUACACAGCAAAUAGUCUAGCCCAUCCUUGCCAGUAUUGCUUAGAUGUUCUGGGAUCACAGUGGAAAGAGUGAGGAUACGUAUCUAGAUUACAAGGUAUGGUUGUGCUAUGUCUACUCAAUAUCAACGAAUUAAGUAUACUUGAAAGAAGCUUCGUCACUACAAAACUAGUGCUAAAUCGAACAUCACAGGAGGAUGUAUAUAUGAACAAGAACUUUUAUAGUCUUAAGAAUGGCAAUAGAUAGUGGAAGAAAAAAUCAAACAGAAAUAUAAGUAUUUGUGAAGGACAAAAGCUGAAAUUGAAAGUUUUAUGCUGGUGUUAUAAAACAUUAUGGCAGAAGGACACUUUUGAACCUCACCAUCUUAAAAAAAAAAAGAUUUUAGAUGAUGUUAAACAGUUUGAGAGAGUUGUUACAUUGAAAGUUUAGUUAUCCAGAAGAUUAUGAAUAAUGUUAAACAGUUUUGAGACAGCUGUUAUAUGGAAAGCUUUGUUAUCCUGAAGAUUACGAAUAGCAUUAAACAGAGUUGAGACAGAUGUUA